AUGUCUGGGUUAAUGAAAACAACCUCAAGAUCCGAGAGUUCGAAUUCGUAUAUUAAUAUAUACGAAUCGUACUGGUUUGAUUUGGUUCAAUUCCUUAACAAUUACGACGUAGCUAUUGAGAAACAAAGAYACCGACAAUCUGUUAACGAAACCGUAACGAGAACCACUAACCCUAAACUUGUAACCCCGCUGCGUUUAGAAAGUAGUGCAUCAAUCAUAUACAGUCGGAAUGUGUUUUUUGACGUGCAAAAGGAAAUAAAGAAGGCUGUCUGGUUCUGUGGUAUAGAGUCAGUUGAAUGCCGGGAUCACUUGAAGUCAUUCGUGAUAAGCCACAAGACCARGAAAUCAUCUGACAACAUUUCCUAUCUGGUGAACCGUAAUUACUCAACGGACACCGUCGAGUGCGAGUGCAACCUAUUCACGCGCAACGGAUAUCUUUGUCGUCACGCAUUCAAGGUACUGAUUAAUGAUGAAGUCGAGUUCAUCCCGGAUAGAUAUGUGUUACGGCGAUGGAGACGGCAAUUAGUCCCAGUGCAGAUACAAUCGGCAAGGGUUCGUUACGUUGAGGUUGAUGCGGAAAAAGAAAAGUGUAUAGAUGAUGUAUAUUCCAAGGUCGACGACAUCAUAAGCAUCGCCCGGAAUGAUAAGACUAUAUUGUUUAGAUUGGAACGGUAUCUCCACAGAUUCAUGGUUGAUAUAGAGAAGGAAGUCCCAUAUGAAGACCCGUCUCAACAGAAGUUGGAUGCAAUUAGAGAUCACCUAGGUGUUUCCAUACCUGAUGAGGUGGAUAUUCUACCACCAUCUGGAAUUAGGAACAAGGGAUGUGGCACUGCUAAGAGACUGGUAAGUGUAGCUGAGAAAAUGCAAAAUAAUAGCAAAAAAGCAAAACGAAAAUGUGCAACAUGUGGGCAACGUAGUGGUCAUGACUCACGUAACUGCCCAGAAUUG